CGCUCCUUCAUGUUAUGAGCUCAGUGCAUUUCAUUCAUUCAUUGAUUGUAUCAUUUUUACGCUGCGAGCGAAGUCUUGUUGAUUUCCACAAUAUUUUCCAAUAGUUUCAAUAAACGAGCUUUGUUAACUCGUAAUAUCAAUAAUAAUUAAGUGUAAAAUCGUGUAAUAGAAGUAACAGUUGUAUUGUGUGUGAAAUAUCGUUCAAGGUAAACGAAGAUGUUCUGAGACAAAAGGUAGUCCUUCACACAUUAGUGGCGGAGCAUCAUUGUUUGAAUAAGUUGUUAUCUACGAUAGUGAGGUGAUUAUAGGAAUGCUAACGACACGCUGCAUGUAAGUACGCAGUCCAACUUCAACCGUAGCGACUAACAUUUCUUCUCAUUGGUGGUGGGUCUAUCGCUUUGAAAUGCGGUGAGGUAACUAAGCUUUUAGUAUUCACUGUAACAUGGCUAAUGUAAAAAGUAGACCAAAGGCACCAAAAAGUGCAUCUACUAAGAAAGGUUGUGGUAAAAAUGUAGAUAAAUCAACAGGUGACGAUGCCAAAGACGUGAAAAAAUCUAAACACAGGCAAUCCACUGUUGAUAAAGUGCCACAGGUAGUAAAUGUUGACCUAGAUGAGUCUACUGGUAAAACUAGAAAGAGUGGCAGAAAUGACCAUUUCAGCAUAAGUAAAGACAGUUUGUUGACAAAAAGCGGCAGGAUUAAAAGGAAAAGUAAAGAUCACCUCAAACUUUUUGACAACAUAUUAAAAAGCGAGCUGAUGAUCCAAGACAGCAAACAGAAGAAAAAUGAAGCCCCUCCUACUGUCAACAACAACGAAAUUGGUAUAUCUAACCAAAAUGAAACUGAAACAAGUGCAAUACAAACUGCAGUAAUAAAUUCUAAUAAGAAAAAUUCAAAAAAAAAGAAAGAGAAACAAAUUAACUCUGUACCGAAAAACAAGCCUGCGGAUGAUACUAAACAAAUAAUACUAAGCACUGGGUCGCUAUUAACAUUGCCAGUCUUCGAAUGCCACUACUGUGGCAAAACAUUUACCACCAAGACAUCAAUGAGACGCCAUAUAUACGUCCACAUGAAAAUCAAACGUUAUGAAUGUGUUAAAUGUUUGAGACAGUUCAGUCACAAAGUCAAUCACCAACUGCAUAUUAGGAGACGUCACCCCGAGUUGUACAUACCAAAGAGUUAUGUAUGUCAGAUCUGUGACAAGGUAUUCCGAUUGAAAGAAAGCUUGAGUUCCCAUCUCGAUGUUCACAUACAUAAAUAUGGCAGUUUCAAAUGUUUGUAUUGCACGGAGAGCUUUAGCGACCAAGAACAGUUGGUAUUCCACAAGAAGACUAAGCAUCUAAGUUCAACUCCUUUAGAUUGUCACAUCUGCGAUGAACACUUUAAAACUCAGCUGCAGCUUGCACAGCAUAUCAAAGAGCAUUUGAAGCUCAAAGGUUUUAUCUGCCAAUAUUGUGGUAAAGAAUAUAAGGAGCUCAGUUCGAUGCGUAGGCAUGUCCAAGUGAGUCAUGGUGGUCGCCGAGUGCAGUGCCCUAUUUGUAAUAAAAAACUGAAAGGCCACUUGUCUGAACAUAUGCGGGUUCAUGAGAAGAGACGUCCGCAUGAGUGUCCGGAGUGCGGGCAACGCUUCACACAGUCCACUCAGCUCAAUGUUCACCGUAGAGCUCACACAGGUGACAGACCAUAUCCGUGUAGGAUCUGCAACCGUCGCUUCUCACACUCGAAUGCUCUGAUGCUACAUAUCAGGAGGCACACAGGGGAGAAGCCGUUCCCUUGUGCCAUGUGUCCUACGUACUUUUCCCAGUUGCCCCACAUGAAAGCUCACAUGCGUAAUAUUCACGGUAAAGCAAAUGCAUACAAAUGUUCAAAGUGUGGACAGUUUUUUAAGUUGAAGGUCCAGUUGGAGAGCCAUGAAAAGGGUUGCGUCAGUGAAUUGGGGCAGCUCAGUGUCGAGGAGAAAGAUUCUUCGGAGGAAUUGGAAGGGGUGGACUCCAGCAUGACCCUCUCUCGCAUGAGGUACCUCCUGGCCCUCCUACUGACCAUGAUAGCUUCGGAAGACAAGCUCAAAUACUUAGGUUUCAACAAGCGUCUGAUAGACGAACUUCUAAGUGACUCCCUGGAGGCCAUGGGUCAGGAACCCUGUAAGGACAAAUCCCUGGCGCCUCUGAAGCGACUGAAGGUCAACAUUGACAUGCUCCUCAACGGGACCGUGCCCAAGGAACAGAUGGAGAAAUUCCGCAGUGAAAACAAGAGUACAGAAGAAUUAUUGGAGUUGCUAACUGAUGAUAAGAAGCUAUUGAAGAAAUACUAUUAACUUUUGCUAAUACAGAAAGUUCUACAAAGCCAAAAAAUUACGAGGUACUUUGUGCGGAGAACAAAGAAAAUAUAUUUCUUCAACGAGUCUACGAACGUUACUUGCAGUACGCCUAUUUAUUUUAAAUUAUAUAAAAUAUACUUUACCCUCUUAUUCACAAAAAAGUUCAAACAUAUUUUGGUUACAAUAUUUUGUCCCAAUCUCACUUUACAAUAUUUGACGAAACAAAAUAUAUUUACUAAAACAAAUUCAAAGUUUUUUAUAAAUGUUUAGCUUAUAUCAAUAUCGUGUGAAUUUUCACAAUUAAUAUUUUCGUAUGAGACAUAUCUUGGAGUAGAGUGUAAUAAUUAAUAUCAGCAGAAUAAAAAAGCACACGUCACAAGAAUUUGCUAUUUAAUUUAACAAAUUAUAUUUAUUUUCCUAAUCUUUUAUCACAUUGUCUUUUAGCAUAGCCUACCUAAAGUCAUUUAAAAAUCGCUGGUCUUACAAAACAAAAUAAUUUAGAUUUGUUAAUAAUAUUCAUACAAAUGACAUCAUAAUAUUAUGUUUUAUACCAUUUGAGAGCUACAAAAAGAAAGUAGCUGUGUCAUACAUAUUAUUGCAUAUGAUCUGUAUAAUUAAAUAUAAACCAAAAUUGUCUUUGUGGCGUGUGCUCUGUAGUUUAUAAUGCGGUCUCACAGUCAUAAUAUACAAUUAACUUAAUGCUAGUAAUUACAAUUAAUUUGAUGUGGAUAGUCGCUAUUUAUGUAUGUACAUUUUGGAAAUGUUUAACCUCAUAUGAUAAUACACGAAUUCAUCACAAACUACCAUUAAUUAGGAUAUACUCUGUUUCUAAUUCAGAUGGGAAAAUGGACAAUGGCCUGAUAGUUAUCUAUGCUUCGUCAUAUAACUAACUAUAUGUAUUAUUCACAUAACACUAUAUUUUGAUAUAAACGACAGGGAUAAUUGUCCUAGGUCAUUAUCAUUUCCCCUCAACAUAGAAAGUUGAUUUUGAUCAACUAUUCUUCAGCUUUCAAGAUUUCUCAAGUUUAAUGCAAACUAAAUGCUUCAUAGUCGAAAGAUGUGGAAGUUAGCUCGCUGAUGUCGGAAUACGGUCUAUAACAACCACGCUAAUGUGAUU